AUGCCCUUUGCCACGCGCGAUGGCGUGAAGAUCUACUACGAGGAUUCGGGUGGCCCAGGCCCAGUGCUUUUCAUGACGCACGGCUUCAGCGGGACAGGUGAGACCUGGGGCGCGCAGCUGGAACUGUCAACCGAGUUCCGCAUCAUUCGUUGGGAUAUGCGAGGUCACGGCCGGUCAGACAGUCCAGACGCGGCGGAGUUGUACAGCAAGCAGCACCAACUUCAGGACAUGGAGAGUGUCCUGGAUGACUGCGGCGUGACAUCUGCCACCUUCGUCGGGCAUUCGAUGGGGGGCUUCGACUCGCUCCUGUUUCUGCUCAGCAGCCCAAGCCGUGCCGCGCGGGUGCAGGCCUUGGUACUGCUCAGUACUGGCCCAGGAUUUGCGUCCCUGGGCAUGCAAUUGUUUGAAGGGCUCCGGUGGAGGUCAGCGUAG